UUUGGUCUAAAUUUUCUCAAAGGAAAAAAAGGCGCAAGUUAGCAACUGAGAAGAGUUCAACAUAGAGAGAAGCUGUCAGUAGUAAACGCGGGAGGAAGACGAAGACGAAGACGAAGACGACGGCCUAUGACCUAAAACCAUACGUAAAUCCCAUUUCUGAGACAUUGUCGUAUAUGAAUAUAUAAUCCAUACCCCUCCUUCUUAGUUUCCUAAGAUCCAAAUCUCUCAAAUGGCUAAAUUUUUCUGUGAUUUUCGGUUCCUCCUCUUAAUUGCCGCGGGCGCCUUUAUCUACAUCCAGAUGCGGCUCUUCGCGACUCAAUCUGAAUACUCUGAUCGCCUUGCUGUUGCGGUUGAAUCUGAGAACCACUGUACAAAUCAAUUGCGGUUACUAAUUGAUCAAAUAAGUAUGCAACAAGAACGUAUUGUUUCUUUAGAAGAUGAAAGGAAUCGCCGAGAACAAGAAUGUGGGCAGUUGAAGGCUCUUGUUCAGGAUCUUGAAAGGAAAGGUGUACAGAGAUUGAUUGACAAAGUACAGGCACCAGUGGCAGCAGUUGUGGUCAUGGCAUGUAAUCGUGCUGAUUAUUUAGAGAGGACCAUUAAGUCUAUUCUAAAAUAUCAGACAUCGGUUGCUUCAAAAUAUCCCUUAUUUGUCUCCCAGGAUGGACCUGAUCCAAAUGUCAAAAGGAAGGCUUUGAGCUAUGAUCAAGUCUCAUACAUGCAGCAUUUGGAUUAUGAACGAGUGGAGACUGAAAGGCCUGGAGAGUUGAUAGCAUAUUACAAGAUUGCACGUCAUUACAAAUGGGCAUUGGACGAAUUGUUCUACAAGCAUAAUUUCAGCCGAGUAAUCAUACUCGAAGAUGACAUGGAAAUCGCUCCUGAUUUUUUUAGUUACUUUGAGGCUGCUGCAGAUCUCCUCGAUAAAGAUAGGUCCAUCAUGGCUGUUUCCUCAUGGAAUGAUAAUGGACAAAAGCAGUUUGUGCAUGAUACUUAUGCACUUUAUCGCUCGGAUUUCUUUCCUGGGCUUGGAUGGAUGCUUGCUAGAAAUACAUGGGAUGAGCUGUCACCGAAGUGGCCAAAGGCUUACUGGGAUGACUGGUUGAGGUUAAAAGAGAAUCACAAAGGUCGACAAUUUAUUCGCCCCGAAGUGUGUAGAACCUAUAACUUUGGAGAGCAUGGAUCUAGUAUGGGACAAUUUUUCAAGCAGUAUCUUGAGCCAAUUAAGCUUAAUGAUGUCCUGGUUGACUGGAAAUCAAGGGACUUGAGCUACUUGAUGGAGGAAAAUUAUGUGAAGUACUUCGCUGACAUAGUUAAGAAAGCUAAACCUCUCCAUGGAAGAGAUUUGGUUUUGAAAGCUUCCAAUAUUGGUGGGGAUGUGCGUGUAAAGUAUGAAGAUCAACGAGAUUUUGAGCGUAUUGCAAGCGAGUUUGGUAUUUUUGAGGAGUGGAAGGAUGGAGUACCAAGAACAGCUUUUAAAGGAGUAGUUGUUUUCCGCUACCAAAAAUCAAGACGAAUAUUCCUUGUUGGUCCAAAUUCCCUCGAACAACUCGGGAUAGAAGAUUCUUGAUUCAAUUCAAAGAACUCAUGAGGCUAUAAAGCAUGUUUUACAUAGGAAAUGACAGCAAGAUUCGGGGUGGGAAAUAAUCGAACUUGAAGCGAGAGUAGAUUUCAAAGAGAAAAAUCUGGUUCUAUGGGUAUAAUAAGUUUCUUGACUAACUGAUUUUUUGUGGUUCUGACUCUGAGGACUUUAUAGCCAAACUCGACAAGUGAUAAUCAGCAAAGAUUGGAAAGCAAAGUACAUUCAGAGUGAUGUUGUUGUUGUAUGCUGAACAUUUAAAUUUGGGGCCUUUUAAAAUAGUUAAAAAAAAAGGACUGGUUUCAGUUAGGGCUUUAGAAUUUUUUUGAUAUUUAAUUCUACUGUAUUCUUCACUCCUGAAUGUGUAACCUAUUAUUUUAUCCCCACAAGAAAUAUGUAAAUUACAUCUUUGUUUUAUUUA